AUGUUCAAUACAACCUGCACCGCCGUCAUCUGCGUGAGUCUCUCAAGUCAACCCUUCAUCACUCCUCACCGCAAGCCGGGCAAGGGGUCUAAUGCUUGGGGUGGUUCUCAAUCCCUGCAGUAUCUUGCCUUGUCCAGGGUACUUGGGAAUAAAGUAUCGUUCCCAGGAAGCGCAGCCUACACAGCAUUGCUGGGGUCAUAUUUCUCACAGCCAGAGGCAGCCGUCCGUCCACACUGCAUCGUCUCGCCCCAAUCUGCGCGAGAUGUAUCCAAAGCCGUGAUCGUGCUCACAACAGUGGCCACAAAUAACUAUGACGGUGAUGAUCUCAACCGCCCACCCACGCCAGGCUGUCAUUUCGCGGUACGGUCAGGUGGACACGCCAGCUUUGCAGGUGCGGCCAACAUCCACAGCGGCGUCACCAUUGACCUCAGCGGCCUCAAUGCCAUCACGAUUAGCAGUCGGGAUUUUGUGUCUUGGGUGGGGGUCGCGCAUCCCGUGGGGGUCGGCGGUUUGUCUGUCGGUGGGGGCAUUUCGUACCUGGGGCCCCGCGUGGGGUGGACGUGCGACACCAUCAUCAAUUUCGAGGUGGUGCUUGCCAACGGCUCCAUCGUCAACGCCAACCACCACCAGCAUGCGGACCUCUUGUGGGCGCUUCGCGGCGGCUCCAACAACUUUGGCAUUGUCACCAGCGUCGACUUGCGCGUGUUUGAGCAGGGCCAGCUCUGGGGCGGCUUUGUCGACAGACCCUUUUCCACCAUCGACGACCAGGUGGUUGCCUUGUCCGACUUCAGCAACCCGGCAACCUACGACGACUAUGCGUCCUUGCUCGCCACCUUUGCCUAUUCGGGGAAACAGGAUGUCAAGGUCAUCGUCAACAACAUGGAGUACACCAGGCCGGUGGUGAAUCCACCAGUGUACCAUGCCUUGUCAGAGCUGCCCUCCCUGUCCAACACGCAGCGAAUAACCAACAUGUCAGAUCUGGCGGCGGAGACAGAAUCGAGGGAUAUCAAGGACUUCAGGUAUGAUUCCUCUCCAGUUUGA